CCCCAAUUUGUUUUUUCUUGUGCGUGCGUCGUAUUACAGAUAUUCAAGUGACGUCAUAUCACAAAAUUGAAGGAUGUUCAACGCGAUCAAGCAGAGUGCUCAGAAAAGUGUAAUGACAGUAACGUCAUGGUAUCGUGUACCAGCAAAAGGAAUGGAUCGUUUUGAGUUACUAGCGAUGUCUUCCUGUGUCCCAUUUAAAGCAAGCAAACAGUAUGAUUACAAAUAUCAUUUUGUAUGCCCGUUUCAUGUCGUGGCUCCCUACUUGUUCAAAUCCUACUUUCCAGAUUCUUCGUAUCCAUGGUUGCAGUAUGUAACUGAAGACAAUGUGAUUUUAACAGCGGAGUUCCGAGACAUGAACGGAAAUAUAACAAAUCGCGUAGGUGUGAACAACAAGGUGAUUGCCCACAAUUAUCGCGAUUUGUGCUGUUUCCACCUCCACAAGGAAGAAGAAGCCCUCGAGACCCUCAAAAUGUAUGGGAUGGAUCCGUCUCCCUCCAAACCGCCCCAAUCCCAACCGCGUCCCAACUCUCUGGAAGAAGUCGACGCGCUUCUCUCCCAAGCAACAUCCCGCGUCGAGCUGCACAGCUCCUCGAUUCGUCGUCUCCGUGAAGAAAACGAGCCCUACAACGCCGUCCACGGUCUUCAACUAAGCGAAACUUCGCCAAAGAAAGGAGAACCGAUUUUGUUGGCCGGACAUCGACGAGAAGCGCGCGAAGACGCAGAAGGCCGCGAUGUGUCAAUCCUAAUUCCUUUUGUUGUGUUUGUUUGUGUGGAUGACGAGCAGACGAGCGAAGGCCGCGCGCUCCACAUCCAGGACGGACGGUCGAUGGUGACAUCGAGCGUGGUUCUGCCUGGCGGAAUGGUGGGCGGAGGAGCGUUCGAUGUGGAGGGGAAUUGCAAGGGGAUGAUUGAGGGAAUCGUGCAUUCUCCGGGAAUGAAUAUUAACGGACAUGUGGUUCCGAAUACGCAUGCACAGAAUGUGUAUGAGAAUUGUGCUGCGAUUAUCAACGCGGAUGUGCUGUCGGAUUUUGUGGUGGAUGUGGAACUGGGACUACUGGACGAUAUGCAGGAGGAAGUGAGGAAGAUGCGGAAACAGAUGGGCGAGGAACAAAUCAAAGAGGAAAAGCAGAAGAUAAUGAAGCCGAUGAUGGAAGCGAUUCAAAAGUCGCAGUGAAUGAAUCUAUUAGUCUGGCAAUGAAU